AUGAAAUUUAACGUUCUUACUAAAUACCGUUUUCCGUUUCUGUUUCUAUUCACUGUUCGCAAGGGCUAUAACUGUUUGUUUUCCAUUUCUAGCCCAUUAGUGCACUACCUCGGGUCAUCAAUCAUAUGCUUCACUGCACUGUUUGAAUCGGGAUCUAAUGCAAGGAAAGUUUACUUCAUGAUUUUUGAGAGAGGGCCACAAGCUUUUGUUAAUGGAUCAGUUAAACUCAUGCGUGAAGCUGUCACUGAAGGAUCGGCAAUGCAAAACCUUUACCAUUCUGCAUCCGUUUACAUCUCUGAAAGGAUUGCCGUCUUAUCUUCACUAAGGUGCUCGCUUGCUGCUUUUCUGGCUCAGUUUUAUGUAGAUGUUGACAAAUGUGGAGAGGAGUUGGUAAAAGAUCCAGAGAAGUCAUUUUCCUCAAUAGCAUGCACUCUUAAUAGCUUAUUUUCUAAGUUGGAGGCAUCAAUUGGCCAUCUUCAUAUGUUGCGUCAGAGCAGUUCUUCCAUUGAUGAAACCUAUUCCUUUGCUCUACUAUUUGAAAGAUUGCCAGAACUCAAUCAGGAAGAGUCUCAAUGGACAAAUUCUGAAAUUAAUGAUUCUAUCAACUUGGUUUGUCAGAAUCUACAGGAACUGGACUCUUACUUAGCUUUCAUGGUAGCUAAACAUAAAAAACCAAGUAAAGUAACUCGUUACUGGAUCCGGUAUACCUGUGGUGCAGUUGGCCUUUCAGUUUGUUCUUUUUGGCUCCUACGACAUAGUCGUCUGAUGGGAAGUUCUGACAUAGACAAUUGGAUUCAUGAAGCAAGGGAGUCUACAGUUAGCUUCUUUAAUGACCAUGUUGAGCAACCGCUUUUGGCAAUUAGAGAUGAACUUUUGGAUACAUUUAAGAAAAGACAAAAAGGUGUGAUGGAUAUGGAGGAAGUGCACUUGACUUCAGAUUCUCUCCACAGAAUGUUAUUGGCCUUCAGUGAGGAAACAAAAGGUAAAAAAUUCCCAGAGAAUGCAUCAGAUAAGGAAAUGCUUGAGAUUGUUAUGUUAAGGUAUAUGAAAAUUAUUCAUCCUAUCCAGAAUCUUCUCCAUGGAGAGCUUGCUCGUGCUCUGCUCAUCCAGGUUCAGAAGCUGAAACUAGAUGUUGAGAUGGCAAUGCUUGAACUGGAUCAGAUUCUCAGAGCAAAUGAAAUCAACUUUGCAAUCCUAGCUGCCUUGCCAGCAUUCUUUCUGUCUCUUGGUCUGAUAGUAGCUGUGCGUGCAUGGUUUAGACAGGAUACUAAAGCGGAAGGCAGGGGGAGAAUCGCUCGUAUCCAAAGGAGGCUACUUAUUGUGGAGGUUGAGAGAACAAUUUUGCAGUACCAGGCUUACCUUGACCAAGGGCUGGAAAACGAUGCACAAUGCAUGUUCGGGCUGUUGAUUUAUUGUCUAGAUCGCUUAUACAAUUGUGUCAGAAGACAUGCAGAGGCAGCUGGUGAAUGACAAUGCUUGAAACAGGAUAUAAUUGAAUUGGGAAAGCCUGGUCUUCAAACUUCUCACAAGCUAAUCGUGACGGCACGAAUGGAACGCUUGUACGACUGUUUGCUUCCUUCCAUAAAACGCCAGUAGAUCUUUACCUUUAGUCCGAAGGGCUAAUGCAAAAUUUCC